AAGAAGCAAAAACAAAUGCCCUCCUCUCAUCCCUUUCUCCUCUUCCUGUCCUUCUCUUCCAAACCUCCCUAUGAGCUACGGCUACCUGCCUGCCUGCCUGCCUAUUGCAGCUACUGUACGUCUUCCCUCCUUUUCAUCAUCAACACUCUCCAUUAUCUCACACCAAACACAGCUACUUACUAACCAUAGUUCAGUAGAGUAGAAUAGAUCCCAAUUCAAUCCACUCAUCUUUCAUUUUCUCGAUACCGAAUAUUCUUCCUUGCUCUUUUUACUGUUUUCUUCUGUAGGUUUUAGCUUUUCCUUUUUUAUGAUCGAAGUCUAAAUCUUGAAUCUUUUUGCCACUCAACUCUGUUUUCUUUCGGCAAGAUUUGUUUACAAGCUACUUGUUUCACUCCUUUGCGUUUUGGCUUCAAAACUCGCUUCUUCAACUACAAAUCUUUGAUUCUUUCUUGCCCCUAAGUUCGCAAAUCUGUAUUCUUCUAGCAAGUUUUUCUCCUUUUGUUAGAGACAGAAUCGUGUCUCAAGAACAAUGAAUCAUCUUCCAAGGACAAGUUUCUUGAUUCCGGUACUAUGCUUUCUUUGUCUUCAAAUCCAACCAUUACACUCAUUUUCAACACAACCCAUGAACUGUACGGACACUACACGACUGUGCACAUCUUUUUUGGCCUUUAAACCCCAGGAGAACCUGACUCUAUCAAUGAUUCAAAGCAUGUUUGAUGUGUUACCCCAAGAUGUGACCAGAGAAGGCAAUGGCCGUGGCUACAUAUUCAUCAAGAAGAACUGCUCUUGUUUGUCCAAGGACAAGGUCUAUGUGACUAACUCUACAUAUACAGUGAAAUUCAGUGGGGGUUAUGUUUAUGACAUCGUGAUCAAUGCUUAUGACGGGCUUGCUUUCUUGCCCAAGACAACAAGACAAGCAAAGGUUGGUGCUGUUGUGUCAUUGAGGUUGUUCUGUGGGUGUUCAAGUGGGUUGUGGAAUUAUUUGGUGAGUUAUGUGAUGAAGGAAGGAGAUACUGUUCAGUCAUUGUCUAGUCGAUUUGGUGUUAGUAUGGAUAGUAUUGAGACAGUGAAUGGGAUUCAGAAUCCUGAUAAUGUUACAGCUGGUGCGCUGUAUUAUAUUCCUCUAAAUUCAGUUCCCGGGGAACCUUAUCCCGUGGAGAAUGAUAAUCCUCCUGCUCCUGUUCCUGCACCUCCGGAUGACAUUUUCUCAGCAAAUAUUCCAACAAUUCACAAGGCUCCUGUACCAUAUGGAUGGAUCAUAGGGAGUCUUGGGAUCGGUCUUGCACUGAUUGUAUUAUGCAUAAUUAUUUGUGUGUCUCUUAAGUCCUCAAGUUGCUUUACUGAAUCUCGAGGAAGUCAUGCGAAGCCUCCUGAUGGCAAGAUUUCUCAAAAUUUUCAUAUUCUUCGUAAGCAAAGCUUUUUUUGUACUUCUGGAAGGUCCAUCUGCUGCAAAUCUGUAGACUGGAAGCAAACAAAUGGGGAGUCUAGCAGCCACCAGAUCACUGUACCUAAAGGUCUAGCAACUGAUGUAUUUGAUGAGAAGCCUGUGGUUUUUACAUACGAAGAAAUUCUUUUUGCAACUGAUGAAUUUUUGGAUUCUAGUCUUCUUGGUCAUGGAACAUAUGGUUCUGUGUAUUAUGGUCACCUUCAUGACCAGGAAGUUGCUAUUAAGAGAAUGACUGCAACAAAAACUAAAGAAUUUAUGGCUGAGAUGAAAAUCCUGUGCAAGGUCCAUCAUACAAAUCUGGUAGAAUUGAUUGGCCACGCAGCUAGUGAUGCAGAGCUCUUCCUGAUCUAUGAAUAUGCACAGAAGGGUUCACUUAGAAGUCAUUUACAUGAUCCCCAAAAUAAGGGUCAUACUCCACUUUCAUGGAUCAUGCGGGUCCAGAUUGCACUUGAUGCAGCUAGAGGCCUGGAGUACAUCCAUGAGCACACUAAAACACACUAUGUCCACCGGGAUAUCAAGACAAGCAACAUCUUACUUGAUGGUUCCUUCAGGGCCAAGAUUUCAGAUUUUGGAUUGGCAAAACUGGUUGGCAAAACAGGCGAGGGAGAAGCUACAGCAACAAAAGUUGUUGGUACAUAUGGUUAUCUAGCACCAGAAUACUUGAGUGAUGGCCUUGCCACAACCAAGAGUGAUGUUUAUGCAUUUGGUGUAGUUCUUUUUGAGAUCAUAUCUGGGAAGGAAGCCAUAAUAAGAACUGAAGGUGCGGUUACAAAAAAUCCUGAAAGACGUUCACUGGCAUCUACUAUGCUAGCAGCUCUUAGGAACUCACCUGACUCCAUGAGCAUGACAAGCUUGAAAGACCUCAUUGAUCCUAAUAUGAUGAAUUUGUAUCCCCAUGAUUGUGUAUUCAAGUUGGCCAUGCUAGCAAAGCAAUGUGUGGAUGAGGAUCCCAUCCUACGGCCUGACAUGAAGCAAGUUGUGAUUUCCCUGUCACAAAUUGUUUUAUCCUCCAUUGAGUGGGAAGCAACUCUUGCUGGGAACAGCCAAGUUUUCAGUGGUCUUGUCCAAGGAAGGUAGUAACGGAGGAGUCUUCCAUCCGACCAGUUUCACAUCUUUUUUGGCUGCCUUGAAGCCCCCCUUCCGUCUUUUUUGUCUUUAUAGUAGCGUGUGCACAACAGCCUCACAUUCAACCAAAGCAGUAAUAUAUUGGUCUUUAAACAUGCAUAUCUUUUCAUUCUCAAUGCCUUUUCUCCUUUACCUGUUAUUGCUGUUGUAUAAAUUUUUUACAUUUGUGUGCGAAAUUUUGAUUUAAUGUAAAAUUUGAUGUAGUGAGGAAACGUUUGACUGUUUUGCAUGUGACAAGUAACUAGUUGCGUAUAUAAUAGCACUUAUUUCUUGCUUGUUCUCAA